AUGUAUCCGAAGUAUCUGAGCAGCGACUAUCCGCUGGACAAGCAUCUCUUCUUUGUGACCCGAUACUCGUUUGGCCUGCUGGGUUUACGCUUCGAGCGGGCGUCCACCUUGUGGUCCACGUUGUGGCUGAUCUUUAACUUUGCGAAUCUGGCGCACUGCUGCCAGGCGGAGUUCAGCUUCGGUUGGCAUUACAUGAGCACCAGCCCGGUGGAUGCCAUGGAUGCCUUCUGCCCGCUGGCCUGCAGCCUGACGACGCUCUUCAAGAUGGGCUGCAUGUGGCGCAGUCGCGUCGAGGUCGCCGCCCUCAUCCGGCGCAUUCGCCAGCUGACCGAGAAGGAGCGGAAUGCGGAGCGAAUGGAGUUGAAGCGUACCUAUUAUCGCAUGGCCACGUUGCUGGCCAUGCUCAUCUUUACGUUGGGCUGCAUCAAUACGGGCGCCUUUGUGCUGCGCUCCAUCUGGGAGAUGUGGGCGCGUCGUCAGCUGCCCUUCAAAUACGACAUGCCCUUUCGUAUGCACUUUCCAGCUGUGGCACAUCGGUUGCCUCUAUAUCCUCUGGCCUAUCUCUACUCCACGUGGAGCGGCCAAAUAACUGUCUAUGCCUUUGUUGGCACCGACGGCUUCUUCUUUAGCUUCACGCUCUAUGUAACAUUCCUGCUCAAAGCGCUGCAAAUGGACCUGCAACGCGUACUGAAACCAGUUCAAGAUCCCAGUCCACGUGAAUGCAAACGUUGCUGCCAACAGCUGCGAAAUAUUAUCGAUCGUCACAAUGAGAUCGUUGGCAUUGUUCAACGCUUUUCGGUGAUUAUGGCCGCGCCCACUUUUGCCCAGUUUCUAUCGGCCAGCUUGGUGAUAGCCACAAGUGUUAUCGAUAUACUGCUGUUUUCCGGCUACAAUAUUAUACGCUAUGUGGUCUAUGCUGGCACCGUAAGCUCCUGUUUAUUUCUCUACUGUUACGGAGGCACCGAAAUGUCAACAGCGAGUCUGGAGCUGGGCGAGGCCGCCUACAAUAGCCAUUGGUAUCUGUGGAAUCGUGCGGUGCGUCACCGUGUCUAUCUGCUCAUCCUGCGCGCCCAGCGACCCAUUACGGUGCAGGUGCCCUUCUUUGCGCCCUCCCUGCCCGUCUUUACAGCGGUCAUCAAGUUUACGGGCUCCAUUGUGGCGCUGGCCAAGACAAUACUCUAG